UUGACCACUCCUCAAGUCUUUCUUCCACAUGUUUUGGCAAAAUUUUUCUCUCUCUCACACACACACAGAGUAGUAGUAGCUGCUGCGCGUUCAUCUUCACCGACUCACCACCACAACCGCGUUCAAAGUUCAUCUUCAACCCCAUUGGACCUCUUAACUGGAAAAUCAAAAGCACUAUUGCGUAUGUUCUAUUAGAUCUGAAGUUGAUUAAAAUUCAUGCUGUGAAGAACCCAGAAUUUUUUUUUUGUUCGGUAUGUCUGGAGCUGUAGCGGAGCACGUGAAUCAUCCGGUAAUGGCGGCUAAAGACCCGUCUGGUUGUUGUAAUCCGGUGAAAAAGCCGGGUCCGGUUUCAGUGGACCAUGUUUUAUCAGCACUAAGGGAGACUAAGGAAGAGAGGGACCUUAGAAUGAGAGGUCUAUUCAGUUUCUUUGAUUCCGACAAUGUGGGUUACUUGGAUUCUGUGAAAAUUGGGAAGGGGUUGUUUGCUAUGCAAAUUCCGGCGGAUUAUAAGUUUGCUAGGGAAUUGUUGACCGAAUGUGAUAAGAAUAAGGAUGGGAGGGUGGAUUAUCCGGAAUUCAGAAAGUAUAUGGAUGAUAAGGAGCUGGAGCUGUAUAGGAUUUUUCAGGCUAUUGAUGUGGAGCACAAUGGGUGUAUCUUGCCUGAGGAGCUCUGGGAUGCCCUUAUAAAAGCUGGGAUACAAAUAGAUGAUGAUGAACUUGCACGGUUUGUGGAACAUGUUGAUAAGGAUAAUAAUGGUAUUAUCACUUUUGAAGAAUGGAGAAAUUUUCUUCUACUUUAUCCACAUGAGGCCACCUUGGAAAAUAUUUACAAAUACUGGGAGAGGGUAUGUCUUGUAGAUAUUGGUGAACAAGCUGUCAUACCCGAAGGCAUCAAUAAGCAUGUUCAUACAGUUAAAUAUUUCCUUGCUGGGGGAGUUGCAGGAGCUACUUCUCGUACCUUUACAGCUCCCCUUGAUAGGCUAAAGGUGGUUUUACAAGUUCAGACUAAUCGUGCUUCUAUUGGGUCCACUAUCAGAGAAAUAUGGAAGGACGGUGGUGUCUUGAGCUUUUUUAGGGGCAAUGGGUUAAAUGUGAUGAAGGUUGCACCUGAAAGUGCAAUUAGGUUUUACGCUUAUGAGAUCUUAAAAAAUGUGAUUGCUCAUACGCAGGGUGAGGAACAGGGUGACCUUGGAGCUUCUGGACGUUUUGUGGCUGGGGGCAUGGCUGGUGCAGUAGCACAGACUGCCAUCUAUCCCAUGGAUCUUGUUAAGACUCGGUUACAAACGCAUGCAAGUGAAGGUGGAAAGGUCCCCAACCUGGGAAAACUAUCAAAAGAUAUAUGGAUUCAGGAGGGGCCUCGGGCGUUCUAUAAAGGGCUGAUACCAUCUCUUCUUGGAAUUAUACCUUAUUCAGGCAUUGAUUUGGCUGUUUAUGAAACGCUGAAGGAUUUGUCUAGGACUUAUAUUCUUCAGGAUAGAGAACCUGGUGCUCUUGUGCAACUUGGUUGUGGAACAAUUUCCGGAGCACUUGGAGCAACGUGUGUUUAUCCUUUGCAGGUUAUAAGAACGAGAAUGCAAGCUCAACCUACAAAUACUGAGGCUGCUUACAGUGGAAUGUCUGAUGUGUUCCGGAGAACACUUCAGCAUGAAGGUCCCAGGGGCUUCUACAAAGGUCUCUUUCCGAAUCUUCUAAAAGUAGUGCCAGCAGCAAGCAUUACUUAUAUCGUUUAUGAAUACAUGAAAAAGAAUCUAGAUCUCAAAUAGAUUUGAGGUUAAUCAGCUGAUGCUAAGGGACGAUAACGGUGAAAAUGAAUUAGGUUAUUAGUCUUAUUUGUGAUAUGGUUUUCAAAAUCAUAUACUCAGAUUCUUACCCCCAUUGCAUGAUUUGUUGCCCCCAUUGGAUGUUGAAGAAAUUUUUAGGAGAGUUUUCUUCAACAGUCAUCUUCAUUUGGAGAUUUCUGUCCCAGUUAUAGGAAUAUCCUCUGUAAAUUAAUGCUAAUUUGCAUACACACACCUUACCAUUUUUUUUUACUAAAUGAAUAUUCAAUCUCAUUUUGCACCAUU